GAAGCCGGCUGUGGAGAGCUCGCUGUGGCAGCGGCAACAUGGCGGAUGUGCUAAGUGUCGGAGUCAACCUGGAGGCCUUUGCCCAGGCCAUCAGUGCCAUCCAGGCGCUACGCUCCAGCGUGAGCAGGGUGUUCGACUGCCUGAAGGAUGGCAUGCGGAACAAGGAGACGCUGGAGGGCCGGGAGAAGGCCUUCAUUGCGCACUUCCAGGACAACUUGCAUUCGGUCAACCGGGACCUCAAUGAGCUGGAGCGUCUGAGCAAUUUGGUAGGCAAGCCAUCUGAGAACCAUCCUCUCCAUAACAGUGGGCUGUUAAGCCUGGAUCCUGUGCAGGACAAAACUCCCCUCUAUAGUCAACUCCUUCAAGCGUACAAAUGGUCAAAUAAGCUGCAGUACCACGCAGGUCUAGCGUCUGGCCUUUUGAAUCAACAGUCACUGAAGCGUUCCGCUAAUCAGAUGGGAGUAUCUGCCAAACGUAGACCAAAGGCUCAGCCCACGACUCUCGUCUUACCACCUCAAUAUGUUGAUGAUGUGAUCAGCCGCAUUGACAGGAUGUUUCCUGAAAUGUCCAUCCACUUAUCCAGACCCAAUGGAACAUCAGCAAUGCUCCUGGUGACCUUGGGCAAGGUUUUGAAAGUGAUCGUCGUCAUGCGGAGCCUGUUCAUUGAUCGAACAAUAGUAAAAGGGUAUAAUGAAAAUGUCUACACAGAAGAUGGCAAGCUUGAUAUAUGGUCCAAAUCCAACUAUCAAGUAUUCCAGAAGGUGACAGACCAUGCCACCACUGCCCUGCUCCACUAUCAGCUGCCGCAGAUGCCAGAUGUCGUGGUCAGAUCUUUCAUGACUUGGUUAAGAAGUUACAUAAAGCUGUUCCAGGCCCCAUGCCAGCGCUGCGGGAAGUUCCUGCAAGACGGCCUUCCCCCUACAUGGAGGGACUUCCGGACCCUCGAAGCCUUCCACGACACCUGCCGGCAGUAGACCCACCUGGCCCCAGCCCCACUUCUAGCCCCAGACUGGCCUACAGACCCCCACCCAGCACCAUCCUAGACAAGCACGAAGUAUAUUGACGGCUCAGACCUUUCCUCACUGCCCAAGCCACUCUCUCCCUUUCAUGAAACGAUGUCGUGUGUGCUAAGGCUGAGCCUCUUGAAGAGCAGACUCCAUCUCUGUGGCUGAUGGGACAAAUUUAACCCCAUAGCCAGUGGAUCGAAGGCUAAGACAACCUUUCUAGCACCUACUGUAAGGAAGUUAUGCAGCACGCUCUGCGUCCGUGCGUGUUGGCAAUACUGGUGAGCUGACCCUCCUGGGUCUCUGUGUGAAAGUCAGUUCCAUGAGCCGUUAUUGGAAUGAGCCCCGUAUCCGUAUGUAUCUUCAUGCAGGGUUUUUUUUGUAACU